ACGGCCACUGCUCGCGAUGGACUCAACUGUAUGCUUCGACGAGCACGUGCGAUGGUUUUUGGUGCAUUAAAAUAGCUUCAGUGUACCUCAAGCAUCGUUAGCGUUAGGGUGGUUUUACCUGUAUGCACUAUUUAACCGCCAAUUUUCGAAUGAGACCGUUCUUGAGUGUGUAGUGAAAGUGAAUUUACCAAAAAAAAAAAAUUAAUUUAAACGUUUUGGGAUUAUUAUAUAAAAAUUGUAAUGUUUUUGAAGAUGAGAAUUUUGGAAAUUUUGGUGUUUAUCCAAUUUUGUUUAUUUGUAUCUGCAAAAAUAAAAAUUAAAAAUUUAAAAAUUCCGGAUGGCAUAGAAUAUAACACAACCGACGAGGUAAUUUUGGAUUGUGAUUAUUCGCUGGGAGAGGAAGACAAAGACACUUUGGUAAUAAAAUGGUUCUUUCAAGAAGGUAACAUCCCAGGCGAUGGACGCAUGAUUUAUCAGUGGAUAGUGAGCAGAAAACCACAAAUUGUUGCAAAACGUUUUAAAUCAUUAAUCGAUUUGAGCUAUAACGCUUCCGAAGAUCCAUUUAAAAAACACCGAGCUUUGAAAAUUAAUAAAAUCAGCUCAGAAAUAACUGGAAAUUAUACUUGUGUGGUAUCCAGCAUGAUAAGCGAAGAGCGAAAAUCCAAAAAAUUAGUUGUUUACAGAAAAGCUGAAAAUGUUGAAUUUAUUCAUUUGGCGGAUUCUGAGAUGUACAUUUGUGCAGCGUAUGGUGUUUAUCCAGAACCUGUUAUGAAUAUUUUUGUGAAAGGAAGUAAUUUGACUAGAAUUGAAGAUUAUGAUGAUAACGACGAUAACAAUCGUGAAUCUAGCGAAGGUGACGAUGAUGCCAUAGGUUAUAACCACGAUGGCUUGCUAAAUGUUACCAGUAGUUACAAAUAUCUCAAAAAUGAGAUUAAAAAUCAAACGCAGUUUAUAUGCGAAUUAUGGAUUCCAGAUACUGAUUAUCACCUAAUAUUUUAUUCCCAUUUACUACCAGAUAAUUCUGGAGUAAUUCAUAGAUUAAGUGGGUUGGCUUUAAUCGGGUUAAGUUUAGCUCUUUUUAUUUAAAAUUAAAAUUUAAUCGGUGUAAAUUGAUCGGAAGCUAUGUAAAUUUUUGUAUAUAAUCCAAAGGUUAUUAGUUAAGAAAUAAUUAUUUGAUUUUAUUAUAUUGUACAGAGAAUAUUUUUGUACAUAAGUGUAUAAAGAAGAGACGUGUAUUUUCUUACUAGUCCCAAGAAACCAAAUAAAGUUAUGUUUUAUUAAAUCAUU